UUGUGUCGCUGGAUUUAGCCAGUUAGCGCCACAAAGUACAGUUAUAGCUUCACAGAUUGUUGUUGGUAAUUCAGAUAUUUGCCAAGACACCGAUGCAUUAAUGUUGGUUUACAAGUUAAACCAAGUCGAUUUUGCGUGCUAACUUAGAUAUAAUUCAGGGUGCCCCCGGUGUGGGUUAGGUAUGGCUAGGGCUGGUGGAUGGCAGCAGGAGUGGCCCCGCUCUGGGACUGAGGCCUUCACUAGUGUCUUCAGCACCGUAUCCACGCCACGCGUCACUGUUCGACUGGGGGACAUGUUGAGGCCUAGACCCGAGGCGGAGAGGAAACCAGUCAGGAUUCGGCCCCCCAGCCCAAGGACACCCCCGCCAAGGGAGGUCGUUUUCGGGCGAAGUCUCUCCUGUGAGCCCACACCCAAGCCCAUCAUAAGGAGACGUGCACAAUCCCUGCCGUCUUCAACAGACCGAAAGAGAAACCCCAGCAGGCUGCAGGUGCGCUUUGUGGACUCUUUGGGUUUGGACCUGGAGAAGGUGAAAGUUUUCAAAGUCAGUGAAGACCCCUUGGUGCCUCAGCAUGUCAUCUCCAGGCUUCUGAUGAGCUCUGAGCUGGCCGCAGGCAAGCACUUGGAAAUUUCUCUGCCCUAUUUUAAGCCGGCCUUCCCUGAAAACCUGGGAGAGCAGCCUGAUUUCUUGUGGCGUCUGUGUCACCAGCGGGUGUGCCUGGAGCAGGUUCUUUGCUCUGAGCUGGGGAUCAUUGGCAGUGCCCAAGUGCUCAACCUGGCCUUUGAGAAAGAGGUUACAGUGCACUACUCUUUCACUGACUGGAAGAGCAGUGCAGACACUAAGGCGGGCUGGGUGUCGUCCAUGCUCAGGGACAGGGCACGAGGUGAGCCGGAUUCGGACAUUUUCCGCUUCCGCUUGCCGGUCCCACCAUUCAUUCUACAGCCAGGAGCCGUCUUGGAGUUCGCUAUCUGCUUCCGUGUGACAGGGGCUGAGUUCUGGGACAACAACAAUGGACACAACUACAAGCUGACCUGCCAUAGCUACAAGCUGACCGUCCCCAGGGAGUGUGAGGACAGCAUGGUGCACUUCAUCUAAAUGCCCACAAGAUGGUGUGACCUGCUGGUCAUAUAUGCACACAUCUCCUUCUGCACAUUUCCUCAGAUGAGGAAAUAAAAAAACUACUAAGUUACUAAACGAA